UAAUGGUGGACUGGGAGGGUGGUGGUAGUGCUGCUCCCUCAUUUGGGUCAAACAAGUCUCCCCCCUCUCGUUCUCUCUUUCUCAUUCAAAAAAAAAAAAAGGACAAAUUAUUUAUCUUUCUAUAUAGCAGUGUUAAUUAAACAGAGCGAGAAGGAGAGAUUGAUUAAUAAUAGAGAUGACUACUUAAUAGAUUCUUUCAACCAAUCAGUCAUUAAUAUUACGAUUAGGGAAAGCAGCAGCAGCAGCAGCUCCGAAAUUCCAGCAAGAUCAGCAAAGGUACAGGGGAUGGGAUUAACAAGAGUCCGACGAUAGAUCUGGGGAGAAAUCUUGGUGGAAAUAACCUUGAAUUCAUUGCAGCAGCCAGAGAUAGUGUUGAGGAUCAAUUGGGGUCCCAAUCACUUCCCUUUUCUAUUCAGCUUAGUUUUCAACAACCCCUUUUGCGGAACCAAAGAUCAACUCUUUCUUUGAGUUAUUCAACAUCUUUAAGAUGAAUGCAUGAUAUAUGUAUCAGCUGGAGAGCGUUCCUAGUUCAAGUUCGGUCCAUAAAAACUCAUUAGUUAAUGAUCAGUAUUUAGAUUGUGAUGAUAUGACAAUGGAUCCCAUCAAUGGAGGGAACAAUCUCAACAACAAUCCUAAUCUUGCCUCAAAGCAAAGAUUGCGUUGGACUCAUGAGCUUCACGAACGCUUUGUUGAUGCUGUGGCUCAGCUUGGUGGGCCAGAUCGGGCUACGCCUAAAGGUGUUCUCAGAGUCAUGGGUGUGCAAGGCUUAACAAUAUACCAUGUUAAAAGCCAUUUACAGAAAUAUCGACUUGCAAAAUACCUUCCUGACUCCUCAUCUGAUGGGAAAAAAGCGGACAAGAAGGAAACAGGGGAUAUGAUUUCCAAUUUGGAUGGUUCAUCUGGCAUGCAAAUUACAGAAGCACUCAAGCUGCAGAUGGAGGUGCAAAAGCGUCUACAUGAGCAAUUGGAGGUACAGAGACAGCUACAAUUACGCAUAGAAGCCCAAGGGAAGUAUUUGAAGAAGAUAAUUGAAGAGCAACAACGAUUGAGUGGAGUUCUUGAAGAUGUGCCUGGCUCGGGGGUCACUGCCCCAGUAUCAGGUGAUAACUGCCCAGAAUCUGACAAGACAGACCCAGCAACCCCUGCCCCAACUUCUGAAUCACCCCUCCAAGACAAGGCUGCCAAGGAACGUGCCCCAGCAAAGAGCCUUUCAAUUGAUGAAUCAUUCUCUUCUCAGCCUGAGCCACUGACACCAGAUUCACGUUGCAAUGCUGGCUCCCCAGCAGAGAGCCCUAGAGGUGAGAGAUCUAUGAAGAAGCAACGGGUAAGCAUGGGUGUAACAUAUGGUAAACAAGAGAUGGUUCUUACACACCAGAUACUCGAGUCAAGCUUAAAUUCCUAUCCACGACCACACUCUGCCUUCCUGGGUAGAGAGCAGUUUGAUCCUUCAUCUGGGUUAUCAAUGGGAAUCGAAGAUCAAAUGGAGAAAGUUUCAGGCAGUGAUGUUUAGUUUUGUUGGCUGCAUGAUUUGGACCCUCCUUGACUCUUUACAUUUUGCCUUGCCUGUAAUUUCAAACGUGUUUUUAAUCAGGUCAAACAAAUUGAUGUUAGAUAAUUAGGUUUAAGGAAAGUUGUCCAUUUUACAUUGAUAUCCUAUAAACUUAGUAGAUGCAUUGAGUAAAUGAGAAACAAUAUCAACGAGGAUGAA